AUGAAAGAUGAUCACCGUACAGCUAACAUUGACCGUGACAUUCUCAAACUCAUUUUCGAUCGCUUGCGUGAGAAGCGUGCCUCGAAGCGCGAAGAUGAUAGACAGCCCGACCGGCAACAGCGCCGGGCUAUUGAUGAUCUUCGUGCGUACAUUAAGCGUCUAGAGCCGCCAGUUGCACUGAGCGAUACAUAUGACAAGGUACGACCUAGACUACUGAAAUCAGAAGAAUUCCAAGCCGUCGUCUCCGAAGAGUUUCGGCGAAGUGCCUUUGAGAAACAUCUCCGUAGGUUACGCGAGAAAGAUGAGGCCGAUCGUGCCUAUCGACGCCACGACCGAGCUUCCAUCGAAAGAGACGUCUCAAGACGGGAAAGGGAUCGAUCUCGCGGCGACCGUUCACAUCGCGGCGGCGGGCGUGGUGGCCGGCGCAGCCGCAGCCCAGAACCCGAUGCGUAUGAGGCAGAUAGGAGAAAGGCGAUUGCUGAGCGCGAGCGAAACCAUCGCAAGUCGACUAUGGCAGAGAACCUUUUGACAACAGACCGUAGUCGCCUAUCGCCUCCACCAUCACGCCGCGAGCGCGAUCGUGAACGUGACCGAGAUCGUGACCUGGACCGUCCCCCUCGCUCUAGGCGCGACGACGAUGCGUUCUAUGACCGCGAGCGCAGAGACAGGGAAGACGAGAGAGAACGGCUCUACCGCCGUCGUGCUGAUCGAGGUUCGUAUGACGAACUCCCCUAUGGAGAUGAACGCCCAGCAGCCCCCCGGCGUCGUCGUCAGGAAGAGGAAGACGACUACGCUCGUCGGGAUUCCAGAGAUUCAAAGAGACUCAGAAGAGAUCGUUCACGUGAGCGCACCCCCCCUCGUGAUGGACGUCACCGCAACAGGACCCCAGAACCAGAGCCAGCCAAGGAUGUUCGAAGCGGCAGCGAAGAAGGCGAGAUUGAAGAGUAA